GCUUUCCUCACCUACUGCGAGCGUGAGUCGGCACUGAAGGCCCAGAGCGCGCUGCACGAGCAGAAGACCCUGCCCGGGAUGAACCGGCCGAUCCAGGUGAAGCCGGCGGACAGCGAGAGCCGAGGAGAUAGAAAACUCUUCGUGGGCAUGCUCAACAAGCAGCAGUCCGAGGACGACGUACGCCGCCUCUUCGAGGCCUUCGGCAACAUCGAGGAGUGCACGAUCCUUCGCGGGCCCGACGGCAACAGCAAGGGGUGCGCCUUCGUGAAGUACUCGUCCCACGCCGAGGCGCAGGCCGCCAUCAACGCGCUCCACGGCAGCCAGACCAUGCCGGGAGCUUCGUCCAGCCUGGUGGUCAAGUUUGCUGACACGGACAAGGAGCGCACGAUGCGGCGGAUGCAGCAGAUGGCUGGCCAGAUGGGCAUGUUCAACCCCAUGGCCAUUCCGUUUGGGGCCUACGGCGCCUAUGCCCAGGCACUGAUGCAGCAGCAAGCGGCCCUCAUGGCAUCAGUCGCUCAGGGGGGCUACCUGAACCCCAUGGCUGCCUUCGCUGCCGCCCAGAUGCAGCAGAUGGCGGCCCUCAACAUGAACGGCCUGGCGGCCGCACCUAUGACCCCAACCUCAGGUGGCAGCACCCCUCCGGGCAUCACUGCACCAGCCGUGCCUAGCAUCCCGUCCCCCAUUGGGGUGAACGGCUUCACCGGCCUUCCCCCACAGGCCAAUGGGCAACCUGCUGCAGAAGCUGUGUUUGCCAAUGGUAUCCACCCCUACCCAGCACAGAGCCCCACCGCCGCGGACCCCCUGCAGCAGGCCUACGCCGGAGUGCAGCAGUAUGCAGGUCCAGCCGCCUACCCUGCUGCCUAUGGUCAGAUAAGCCAGGCUUUUCCUCAGCCACCACCGAUGAUUCCCCAGCAACAGAGAGAAGGGCCCGAGGGCUGUAACCUGUUCAUCUACCAUCUGCCCCAGGAGUUUGGGGACGCUGAGCUGAUGCAGAUGUUCCUCCCUUUCGGCUUCGUGAGCUUCGACAACCCAGCCAGCGCGCAGACCGCCAUUCAGGCCAUGAACGGCUUUCAGAUCGGCAUGAAGAGGCUCAAGGUGCAGCUGAAGCGGCCCAAAGACACCAAUCGCCCGUAUUGAGCGCCGGCGGGAGCGUCCCCCGGGGGAGACCAGGACUCGCACAGGGCAGGAUGCUGAACGGGCUACAUUAAAAAAACAAACCUCUCUCUAUCUAUAUUUAUAAAUGAGAACUGUUGGAUGACACCUUUGACAUAUCAGCCAAUAUCAAUCAAGCUGAAGACUCCAGACACUCUGUGUGACUGUAACAUUUCUUCAAGGGAAGCAUUAGCGUCUGUGGAUUCAGAGGGGCACAUGUUUGGGGGAAACAAAACGAAUGACACAAAGAAGAUGACACAGCAAAAUGAGAACAAUUAAAUACAUACACGCAAAAGGAAAAAAAAGAAAAAAAGAAAAGAAAAAGAAAAAAAAAAGCAACUUUAAACCAUGUGAGACCGGACCGGUAGGCUGAAGGGCUGGGUUCUGGGAGGAGACGCCACGCUGCCCACCGAUGCUGGCAGCCCUGGGCGCCCGAGGCAGGAGGAGGCGAGCGGGUGGCUGGCAGGGAGGCCGCUGCCCAGCAUCUCUAUCUGUCAUUCCUUUAGCUAUUUAGGGACCAAAGGACCAAACUUUGUAUCACAGAUGUGUAGCUCUAUGUCAGAGAGCGAGGGAGAAGGGGGGACAGCCUCCUUCUUGCCCCUCGACGCUGUUCCCAAGACAG